CGGGGGCGGAAGCGGCGGCGGCGGUGGCUGUCAGAACUGGAGAGGGGCCGGGCAGAGCGACCAUGGAGGGUCAGCGCUGGCUGCCGCUGGAGGCCAAUCCUGAGGUCACCAACCAGUUUCUCAAACAAUUAGGUCUACAUCCUGACUGGCAGUUUGUCGAUGUUUAUGGAAUGGAUCCUGAACUCCUUAGCAUGGUACCAAGACCAGUCUGUGCAGUGUUACUUCUCUUCCCUAUUACAGAAAAGUAUGAAGUUUUCAGAACAGAAGAGGAGGAAAAAAUAAAAUCUCAGGGACAGGAUGUUACAUCAUCAGUAUAUUUCAUGAAGCAAACAAUCAGCAAUGCCUGUGGAACAAUUGGACUGAUCCAUGCUAUUGCGAACAAUAAAGACAAGAUGCACUUUGAAUCUGGAUCAACCUUGAAAAAAUUCCUGGAGGAGUCAGUGUCAAUGAGCCCUGAAGAACGAGCCAGAUACCUCGAGAACUAUGACGCUAUUCGAGUUACUCAUGAGACCAGUGCCCAUGAAGGUCAGACUGAGGCACCAAGUAUAGAUGAAAAAGUAGAUCUUCAUUUUAUUGCAUUAGUACAUGUAGAUGGGCACCUCUAUGAAUUAGAUGGACGGAAACCAUUUCCAAUUAACCAUGGGAAAACUAGUGAUGAAACUUUAUUAGAGGAUGCCAUAGAAGUUUGCAAGAAGUUUAUGGAACGUGACCCUGAUGAAUUAAGAUUUAAUGCAAUUGCUCUUUCUGCAGCAUAGCUUGUUGAUGAUGGAAAUACCAAAUACUGUAUUAUUUCCAACAAAAGUUAAACUUCCGCUGCCAUACACUAACUCAGAAAUUUUGAUAUUUUCAUUAACUUGACUGAUUAAAAAUUUAUGUGAAUUAAAAUUUGAUUUAACCUGU